AUGACCCCUCACACCAACUCGCUCUCUAUGACUCACUCCAACUCAGCCAGCAUGUUUAGUGCUAGAUCGUCCGCUUCAACUACCAACACAGUGCUCGAUCCCUUCAUGCGUUACAAGUAUCCACGGCGACAGUCACUUGCUGCAAGACUUCCACAAUCACCAUCUACCGCAUAUUCUAGGCCAGAAGGGAGCAAAUACAGCUCUCUAAGUUCCGCCUUCACCUCUUUUAUAUGUCGAAAAUCUCACUUCAACGGAGGAUCUUCUUAUUGGUCUAGUGAGGAUGCCAAGUCGCGUGAAAAGUUUGAGCUGCGAAAUUGUCGAUUAAGAUCUCCAUCACGAUGUUCCUCCUUCUCCGAAAGAUCCUUCAACAUGGUGGCGGCUGAAGGGCCUUCCUACCGUCGGACGUCUCGGUAUGGGUCGGAUAGAAAAAGCAACUUAGAAACCGAGACGAGGCAAUCAGGAAUAACAUCUUUACUAGAAAACUAUACAUACGACUCUGGCCCUCCUCAAUACCCAUCUAGUGCUGGUGUACUCAAAAAAAGUCGUAACUCGAUCGAAAAAGCUGCCCGCAGUAGUUUGGGCAUGACUCUUGUGUUUUCGGACACAGCUUCUCAGAUGCAGAGCUCAUACUCGCCGGGACAAGACUUAUGCAUGUUGGGGUUGGACUUUGGUGACGGAAUGCCAGAUGAACCGUCCCCCUCAAUCUGCUCGCCGGGCUUAAAAUCAAGCUACCUGCUGGGAGAAUCGCGCUUCAAAAAGGGGAGAUAA